GUGGCGACUUUGUAAGCUGUAUUGCUCGGAGAUUGUGAUACGGGCUUACAUCUUGUAUUGUAAGAUCUGCCUGUAUGCGACCGGAUAGCCAGAAUCUAGCCACGAGCAAAAUGAUACUGUUGAAUGAUCGCGUCGAAUUCAGUCUCACCAUACUUGAAUUCGGGUCUCUUUGCAUACGCUCGAGUUCGAUUCAGAUCGGAUAGGUGUAGCAGUGAUGCACGAGAAUGAUACAUGAUGCUUCCUUGAACACCAUUGCUGUGAGCGGAGACGCCAACUCUAGAGGUCCGUAAGUAUUACAACAGUUGUACCAUGAAUGAGAGGUAGAGCCGUUAAUAGACGCGUCCUUGAGAUAUCUCUUGUGACGCUCAUGAAGAGGUCAUGCUCGCUCGCGCCAUCUCGAGGAUACUGCUGCGUAAUCAGUCGCACUUCGUCGCCAAAAUCGCAUCUCCCUCGCGCCUCUCGGUCAUGACUUGCCACCCAACCUCCAGGAGCCCGACGGUCCCCUCCGGCGUUCGUACCUGCUCGAGAUCAACGACACGAGUGCCGGGCGGGCGCCGAGUGAGCUGAGUUAACAGCGCGGGAUGAGGCGCAGAGUAGGGUAAUACGGCAGCAUAAACCCAAACUAAUAGAUAAGGUGGUUGUCACGCCCGGGUCGUACGUCUGCACCUGCGAUUCGGUCAUGCGAGCUCAGCGAUCCCAUCCUGUCGUCGUCCUAACAUCGCAUUCGCGCGAUGUUUGAGCCUCGGCAGACAACAGUAAUUUAGUGUCCUUCAAGGCCGAUUUCUGGACGCGCGAGGUAAAAUUCCGACCGAGAUUGAGUGUGACUUCGAGGCGUUGCAUUGCAGCUCACCGAGCCCCGUCGCGG